UCAAAAAUUCUAUUACAAAAACACUGAAUACAACCACACCAGAUGGUAUUCAAUAUAACAACCUAGGAUUACUAUACCUUCAAGAGGUGACACAAAUUAACCAUAUCACAGAGGAGUAUAAAGGGCCACACAACCUAGCUACUCAUAUUCUCCACAAGCUUGCAAAAGCUAUACAUAAGGAAAUAUGGAUCCCACGAUGCCAAAAAGUAGCAAAUCAGAUACAGUGUACUCCUGGGCAAAGAGAAAAUAUAGACCAAGCACAGUUACCCACACCAACAAAUACAAGAAGUAAUGAAGAUACUGAAAAACAAAGAACUCUAAAAAGAUCGAAUGCAAAGUUCAAAAUCUGGA